AUGGUGAUAUCAUAGAAUGUUGAAGACGAGAAUUUUCUCAAAAAGUUCAAAAGAGGAUCAGCCGUGCUAAAUGCUUAGGUCUUAGACAAAGCAAUGCUUAUAAGCAUUCAGAAAUAUCUAGAUCGUUAUACUUAUGUUAAGCUUAACAGUCUCCAGAUAUAUUACGAUGUGAUUGAGGAUAAUUUUGAAUACUAUUCUAAAUACUUAAACUACAAGGAAUUGAAAGUGCUUCAUUUAGAUAAUGAACCUAAGAUUGCAGAAUAAUUUGUCCAUAUAAAGAAUCUACUUCAUUUAAGAGAGUUAACACUAUAACUUAGUAGGUUAAAGAGAGGAUUCUUUAAAGUUAACUAGUUUCAAUUCCCACCUUAAUUAGAAAAAAUCACUCUUCUUGAUUUGGAUGAGGAAAGAGCUGAAGGCUUAAUCGAUUAGAUACCUUUAAGAUUAAAGCACUUAAGUUUCAAGAAUUGCCAUUUUAAUGACUAUGACUCUCUGUUUUAGCAGCUUAUCUCAAGAAAAAUCACUACUCUUGGCUUUUAAAAUUACUUUCAAAUAUAAACUGAACAGUUUUUCUUAGCCUGUUCAAAGUAUCCCAACGCCUAUAAAUACUUGGCUCUUGAAAAAGUUCAGAUUCUAGGACGAUUUGUAGAUUUUAGCUCACUUUUUUAUGUCUUGAAGAAUACAACCAGACUAGCAUAAGAUGUGGAAACCGAGAUUAUGUUGUAAUUACAAUACAGUUUAAAAGACAAAGAUCUCAUUAAAUUUUUAAUGCUAAUGCUUAUAAAAGCUCACAAAGUUUCAAUAAACUCUUAAGACAUAUAGGAAGCCACUACUUUCGGCCUUAAUUAAGGAUAAAUUGAUGCUAGGUUUAUAUCUUGGAUAGAUUCGGUUUAUGUUACGAUCUAAGAUUAAACUUGA